AUAGAGGCCAAUUUACAGUUAUUUAAUACCCUUUUGUCAAGAAAUCAAAUCUCUAACCAUAAGCUUACAGAGGUACAACAAGUUGCUAUCAUUACAGCUGUGUUGACAGGUACAUCCUAUCGCGAAGCAGCACGCCUCUUUAACUGCUCCUAUAGAGCAGUCACUAAAACACUUCAACGCUUCCGUAACAACCACACCUUCCAGUCACUACCCCAAAAAGGCCCUCCAGAGAAACUCUCAAAGCGUAAGAAAAAGGCUAUUGUCAGGUCUACUCGCAGAAACUUCCGGCAGACGUACCAAGAGCUUGCUAAAGAGUAA